GUGAUGCGCUGCAUCCUUCCGCCUGGCCUCGCGCUGCCUCCUUGUGGUGACGCCGUUUAAAGGCACACGCGGUUGUUAAGGGCAACAGACAACUUGACAAACAGACGGCGGAUUGCAACAGCACACUGAAGAAUUGGAAACUACUGAUCGCAUCAGUUGAUUACAACCAUCAUCCUUUUUUAAUUGGACGGAGAGGUUUCUGAACAUGGCGCGCGCUGUGCACUCAGUCUUAUCCGCGAUGGGCUGGGACGAGCGCCUCGCGGUGCCCGAGCCCAACGCGGACAACAAGGCUUUGCUGGAGGAGAUCCGUAAAAAAGAGACAGAGUUGGUGCAACUGGAAAACAAACUUGAGAAGAACAAGGAUGAAAAGCAGUUAAUGACCGAAUACCUCAAAAAUGCUAAACAAGAGCUGGAUAAUACUGCGGCUCUGUGUAAGGCGAAGGAAAGGGAGAGAGAGUUGGAAAAACACCUCACAGCUCUCGCAGAAAGGGAGUCGGGUCGCCUCGCACAGGAGACUGUUAAGAUGGAGAAUGAUCAGAGGUCUUUAGCAGAAAGGAAGAACAUGCUAGAGAACCAUAUCUUCAAAGCCAAACAGAAGCUAGAGGAGUUCAGGAACCAGAUGAACUGGGACCAGCAGACCAUGGAUGCCUUUUUAGAGGAGUCAGCACGCAAAGAUGAGGACACAAUGGCCAUCAUCAAGUACGCCCAGCAAGAUGAGCUGAGGAUCAAGUCGCUCACACUGGCUAUAGAAAAGAAGACACUGGAGGCCAAUGAAAAGCGUAAAGCACUUGACAAAGAAUUGACUGAGACUUUAUCCGCACAGAUCGCUUUGGAUAAAACUACAGAGAACUGGCAGCAGGCCCACCUGGAGACGCAGCAGCUCAUUCACCAAUGGGAAAACACCAUCGGGCAGAUGAAGCGACGAGACGCUGAGAUGCAGAAGUGUGCUCUGCUACUUGUCCAGGCCAAUCAGAACAUCAGGGAGAGGAACGGCACCAUCGCAGAGAAGAAGCACUUGUUGGAUACUCAGAAGAACAACAACAAGGAAACUGAGAGGAAUAUAGCCGUGGCCAACCGACGGGCUAUAAAGCUGCGGCAGGAUUUGAAUGAGCAGGAGAAAAUCUGCAGCGGGCUGAAGGAUGAGCUUGAAAGUUGCAAAGGCACACUGGACCGAGCCAACUCCAAUGUGAAGUCUGCGACAUCCCACAUAUCCAGAAUGAAGAAAGACAUCCAGGAUAACGACGACAAACUCAAGCAGGCCCGGGCCUACAACGGUGCACUGGGAGAGAAGCUGAAAGUCGUGACUCAGACAGCCCUUAGUGAGGAGGAGCGAGCUGACCAGAUGGAGCAGCUCCUCAAAGAUGAGGAAUACGCAAUCAAGGAGUUGGAUGUCCAGCUGCUCGACGGCAGGGAGGAACUUUUUUGUCGCAGAGAGCGUUUUCAGGCUCUCAAGACAAAAGAGAAGGAUUCUAUUGCACAGAUUUCAAGGAGUAAAUACACCAUCACCAGGCUCGACUGCCAGCUCAAAAAGCUGGAGAAGGAUGUAUUAAGACAGAAGAUGACGAUGAGUGAACAGGACUCUCAGAUCGUCGGCCUGAGUAGAAAACUGGCAAGGCUGCAAGGUAACGUUCAAACAGAUGAAAAGCAAAUGCUCAACUUAAAGAUUGCUGAGCUACGGAAAGCCCUUGAGGACAAGAAGGACACAGCCAACAUGCUUACCAACACCCUCAAGGAGUCUGAGGCUGAUAUUCGCUAUUUGAGGAAGGAGAUGGAGAAGUUUGAGACUCAAAAUAAAGAUCUGACUGACAAGGUAGAGGAUUUCAUCCUUCUCCGAAACAUCAAUGAAAAGGAGCUGAAGAGACUCAGGCUCAGGAAACAGGACAACAUGGUGGAGCACAACGUCAUGAAGAUAGAGGUCAAGCGUAUGAGGGAUCUGCUGUACAACAAGGCGGGCAGCGUGCUGUCCUUGGAGAAGAGGAAGCUGGAGCUGCAGAAAGCCAUAAAGGACCGGGAGGAGGAAGUGAAGGUCUACAAAGAAAUGCUCAGCCACCAGCUCAGGAUCAGUGAGCAGGAGAGACAGAGACUCAGUGCUGAACUGAAUGAGAAGCUGUCCAAGAUCGACGCGAUGAAGAAACGCUUUGAGGUCGUGAUGCUCUCGAUGGCAGCUCCUGAGGGGGAAGAGGAGAAAUCACAGGCGUACUACAUCGCAAAGGCUGCACAAGACAAAGAGGAGCUCAAGCGGAAGGGGGACGGUCUGGAUGCUAAAAUCCGGAAGAUGGAGCAGGAAAAUAGAGCUCUGGAGAACACCAUUCAGUUGUUCAACAACAGUAACUCAGCAUUUCGCAAAUCCCUCAACAAAGUAAACACAUCCAGUCCAGAGCAACAGGAAAAACUGAAGCUAGAGGAGAAGUUGAGGGCGGCUGAGGAGACGCUGAAGUAUAAGAAAAGACAAGUCCAAGAGCUCCAACAGGACCUACAGGACAUGGACAACACCUUGGAGAGUUUGCAGCAGGAGGAGAAGAUGGAGAAAAAUAAGAUCGAGCACAAACACUCACUCAUCAGUAAACUGGAGAAAGAAAUCGCUUCCCAGCAGGAGAAGGUGGACAGAGCCACAAAGCAGUGCUCUAAGCUGACUAAAGAGAUCCGCUCGGGACAAAACACCAAGACGGAGACUUUUGAGGAGAAGGACAUUCAGCUGAGGGAGUUGAAAGAAUUCAAUAAGGGUAUCAACAGCAUGCUGAGCGAGGCCAUGGAGGACAAACCUGACCUCAGAUCAGUUUUGGAGAAAUACUUCCUGCAGGCCAAUCUGUCUCUUCCAUCUUCAUCUUCCACUCCUUCGAGCCACCGGAGCUCCAAGACAAGCUUCGCCUCUUUCAGGUCUCUUGCCUCCUCCAACAGCAGCAGCCCCAGGGCCUCUGCACUGCACUCCCCCGUGCUGAAGACGGUGGAACUGGGCUUGGAUCUGACCUUGACCUCCCCUCCCUCCACCACCUCUAGAUGUUCCAGCUCUGCAAGCAGCAGCAGCAGUUUAAAGAACCCAUAGUGACUAUUAUCACACUUUAUUUUACUGUCGUGAAUGAAGAACAAGAGAAAGAGGAUUACACUUACAGGAUCGAUGACCAUCUCCUCCUAUGAUGUGAUGUGAGGUUUAAUUGUGUAAUGUGUAAAAAGAGGUUCAGGGUGGGUUUGGUGUUUUAAUGUAUUUGAAUGAAUUAAAAAGUAUGUUGUUGUUCAUUUAACUAUUAUUCUUAAAUUUGUAGAGUUUGUCUAUUUCACGUUCAUUGUAGUUAUUAUAAUGUAAUCGAAAGACUUGUUUAUCACACGA